AUGCCGAAUGCCCACACGUGGCAGGAUGCAGGCCUGGGGUCAAUGGGUGAGUUGACUGUGCUCUCCACUCUAUCCAAGUCUCAAGAUCAUCAUGGCUUACUCUACCCGAUCCCAGACCUCAAGCGGGCUCUCUCUUCCAUCUCCGACAUCCCUGAAUCACUAUUGAGGGCAGAGCUUCAACGACGAAAUGACGCUCGAUCUUCAGACCCGGCUGACGGUUCCCCCAGCUGUGGCUCAGGUCAAAGGGGCGAUUACAAUACUGGUCUUCAUGUCAUGGCUCUCUUCCUCAUUCUUGGACUGAGCACAUUCGCUUGUUCGUUCCCCGUUCUCGCGCGCCGGUUUCCUGGCCUUCCGAUUCCUCGACGCUUUCUCUUCAUUUCCAGACAUUUCGGGACAGGAGUUUUGAUUGCGACGGCUUUUGUCCAUCUGCUUCCCACGGCAUUCGUCUCGUUGACCGACCCGUGUCUCCCGCGGUUUUGGAGCCGGACCUAUCGUGCCAUGGCAGGCUUCGUGGCCAUGAUCUCGGUGUUUGCUGUGGUGUUAGUGGAGAUGUUCUUCGCAAUGAAAGGCGCGGGCCAUGUGCAUGGAACUGAUUAUGAUACGUUAAUGGGAGACCUUGGCCGUGACUCCAUGGAUGAUUUCCAGAACAACGAGUCAAGCUAUGGACAUUUGGGAGCUCGGAGCCCAUCAACCAGCGGUUUCAUGGAAGGCACUCGGCAGAGCGAUCAAGGUGUCUCUCAAAGAGAUUCCGGCUCUUCGCAGGAAUUCAAUCGCGCCUCGUUGGGUGUGACACGCUCGAAAAGAGAGCAGGGCGAUUUAAGUGAGGAAAGUGACGAUGAUAUCGAAGGUCUUGACCCAUACGCCGACAACAUCCCCAUCAAUGGACGAGCCGCACAAUCUCUACACCCUCGCGCAAGUCGCCGGCCAGCGACAGGUGAUUCAAAUUUCCAGCCUCAUGAUGAAAUGGGCUCGCCGCUGCAGAACCCUCAACGGCAACUCCUUCAGUGUCUACUUCUGGAAGCCGGAAUCCUGUUUCACAGCAUCUUCAUCGGAAUGGCUCUCAGUGUCGCAACGGGCACUUCCUUCGUGGUCCUCCUGAUCGCCAUCAGUUUCCACCAGACUUUUGAAGGCUUUGCUUUGGGAUCGCGAAUCGCUUCGCUUAUCCCCGAUCUCUUCUCCCCUUCAUCAGCGAAACCGUGGCUUAUGUGCCUGGCGUAUGGAACGACAACUCCUAUCGGCCAAGCCAUUGGGCUGGUGCUGCAUAAUAUGUAUGAUCCUGCUAGCGCUACGGGUCUGCUGAUGGUGGGUAUUACCAAUGCGAUCAGUAGUGGCUUGCUGCUGUUUGCGGGCCUGGUCGAGUUGCUGGCCGAGGACUUUUUGAGUGAGUCGAGCUAUGCCACGUUGAAAGGGAGAAGGCGUGUCGAAGCUUGUAUAUCAGUUGCUUGUGGGGCGCUUCUUAUGGCCUUUGUGGGUGCAUUUGCAUGA